UAUCACGCCUGGUGGGCCAUCAUUCCCCUCCCCAAUACCACUGUUCAGAAGAUGCUCCCUACCGGUCGUUCGAUGGUCUUGUCAGAUGUCUCUCUCCCUGGCCUAUCAACUGGCCAACAUCCCGUGAUUCUAGAGAUUGGUACAGAGCACCACGCAGGUCCCAUCGACUUGCCAGAUUGGCUCCUUCCAACCUUCCCCGAGUUCAAGCUGGACAUCCCUUAUCUGACAGCUUCGCCCUCCAGCGACGGCGCGGCCAAACUCCUGAACUACAAGUCCAUCAUCUACACCGACUCCGCCAUCCUGAAUGCCGCCUCGCGGCUGCAGUACAACCUGAACGCCAGCGCGGCCGACAUGAAGGUCACCGACAACAGUUACAAAGUCGACUUCAACGGUCAUACCUUCACUGCCAACUUUGAGUCGUCUGGGUCCUAUCAGUCUGCGGACAAAUUCCCCAAUUUCAGCGCUUACGUGGACAUCAUGUCACAGACGUGGUUUGGAUCUUACCAACGCUACAGGAAGACUUGUGCCGAUCACCACUACCAGUUCGACACCAUUCAGAUUCGACCAGCCAGCAUGACCAUGCAGGCCGCUAAAGGAGUUCUUGACAUCAAUUUCCCCGAGGGUCAGAUCAAGACGCCCGAUAUAACAAAGGCACUGGGUACCGUUGAGGUCUUGGCACAUUUUACCAUCAGUCAUCCUUACGACUGCCUUCCCAACUAGAAAAAUUCCCAACUGCGUAUU